AUGAGCUCCAGCGAGCCCACCCAACGCGGCGUCCGCUUCACGGAGCCCGAGCAUGACAAGAGCCAGCCCUCCGCACCCGACGACCGUCUAGCAGCUGCUGACCCGACCAUGGACGCGCCCGACCUGCCGCGCCACGACUCGUCGACCUCGGGCUCAGGCUCGAGCGGCGAGUCGGACCCAGAGCGCGCAGUCGGCGAGCGCAACGCCUCCGACGACGACGCUGACGGCCAGUACGAGUUUGCACCCGCCCUGUCGACGACUCCGCGGGACGAGGUCCCUCCCAUGGCCGCCGCUGCGCCCUAUGGCUACGCUUCACGCUCCCGAGGAGGCAGCGGCGGGGCCCCGAAUGGCGUGGGCGUCUACGAUGCCGCGCCUAACGCUCAGCUCCAGCCGCCAACCAUGAACAGCGCCCGCCCUCCUCGCCCGUCCGCCGUUCGUACCCCGUCCAAUGCAUACGCCCCCCAGCGCCGUCCCCAGCAGUAUUCGUUGAACAGCAACUCGGGCGCCCGCCACCGCGCCUCGUCGACGAAUCGUGCCAGUCGCCGCAACCCGAAUGCCGAGUAUCGCGCACAGGAGAAGGCCUACGUCGAGCGCAUACGCCAGGACGCCCCGGACAACGACGAUUUCUUCAAUCCCGACCUGCGCACGCCUAGCCUGGGCUACAGCACUGAGGACUCCGAGACGGAUGACGAGUCGCCUUCCACCACCGACUAUCUCGAGAAUGACCCCUAUGACCAGGAGACCCUGCUCUACUAUGGUAACGACGACCUCGAGCCGUCGGUGGAGGAGCUCAAAAUUCCCGAGAACAGGGAAAGGCUGGAGUGGCAUUCGAUGCUGGCCAGCGUCCUUACCGGCGAUGUCGUCAAGCAGGAGAAGAAGCGUCUGAUCGGCGGCAGCGAGCAGCAGGGCGACAACACAAUCAAAACCGAGAUCUGGAUGGGCGUUCGCGCGAAGUGCUGCGGACGCACGCUGCAGGCUCAACGGCGGCUGAUUGACGACGGGCGGUCCAAGGCCAAGACCCUGAUUGAAGGAAUCAUUACCUUUGAAAUAAAGGGAGAGGCCGAGGUUGGCCAGACGGCUGCACAGCAGGUUGCAGACAUGGUACGGAAGAUUGAGAAGUGUGAAGGUCUCUAUCCUACCUGGCAAACCCUGGAGCACGCUCAGCCCCGUGCAGCCUCGGCGGCGUUCCGUGAAAGUUGUGAUGCUGUCAUCUCGUGGCACAACACUACCCAGCUCAUCAACACGGAGCUUUCAAUCCUGAGGAGCUGGGUCGGCAACGACGAACUGGAUUUCUCGAAGAGAAAGGACCGCAUGGAAAGAGACAGCCAUCUCACGGAUGAUUCUUCCUUUAUUGACCGGAUUCUGAAGGAGGAUGGUCUGAAAUCUCUUCAGAGCAAAGACAGUCUUCUGGUUGGCCUGAACAACGUGAUCAACAAGGCGAAAGCCACCUUGAUCGCCAAUGCUACUGCCUUCCAGGAACGUCACCUUCCCCCUUACAUCGAGGAACUCCUUACCCUAAUCAACUUCCCUUCGCGCCUGGUUCAGGAGAUCAUCCGCAUGCGGUUAUCCUAUGCUAAGCGCAUGAAAGACCCCGCACAGCAGGGUGUGAUGAUGGCUGAGCAGAUGAUUGCCCAGUUUCAAAUCCUCCUCAAGUUGGCUAUAAGGAUCAAGGAGUCGUACACUGUGGUCUCGCAACCUGAGCCGGGUUGGGAUCCUCCACCAUGCAUUGAAGAGAACUUCGACGCUGUCGUGCUGGAUGCACUCAAGUUCUACUUCAAGAUGCUGAACUGGAAGCUUUCUGCAAACAAGAACACCUUCAAGGAAGCCGAAAUCCUGGAACAGGAAUGGGAGUUCUCCAAGACCCUUGGCAAGCACUUGGAGGGGGGUGACGUAGAAGUUGCCGAGCAGUUUAGCUACCUGACGCAAAAGUCUCUCUCCCGUCUCACGGCACAUUUCGAGAAGGAACUGCAAAGACGCCCAGAAGAGGUUGCUGGAGCCGAGAUGGAUAAGCGUUACAAGCAAAUCCUUGAUUCCGUCCGUGUCCGUCAAAGGAAACUGUUCCGUUUCUCUAGGAUUCUAACCACACGGUUUGAGAACUCCACAGAGUACAACAUCAGCCUCGUUCCCGAACAGGUGCAGGAUCUCUUUGAAGCUCUGGAAAUGAGCGGACACUUUCUCGUGGAAACACAAUCGACGGACAACAAGGGCCUGUACCUCAUCGCUUCACCCGUUUUGAUGAACCGACCACAAGAUAUCCAGUCUCUCCUCGGAACUUGCUACCAUACGGAUGAGGUUACGGAAGAUCCCACCAACCCCUAUCUGUUGAUUCUCAGGCCCGAAGAUCCUCUACGCUGGCACGGACCUACACUCCAAGCUCCGGUUCGGACGCCGCAUCUUGAUGUGAAGAUUGGCCGCAUGAGGCUUGUUGCCGACGGCGCUCAGGCGCGUUUGGCUAACGCCAACGCUACCUUCUUACAGUCAGCUAACGUUGAGUUGACUAAGAUUGUGGACCAAAGAGCCAACCUACCUCGUGUCAACGUGGAGCUGCAGCGGAUAAAGAAGGUCGCUUACAAAUUGUCCAACACCAUCAUGGAUAGUGUUGAGAUAAUUCGGAAACAAACCGCCGGGCUGGAGUGCCAAGAACUUAUCCAAACGUGUUUUGCCUUCGCGACUGAAUUUGGUCAACGCUCGGUUUACUACAUGGACUUCAACCGCCGCGCUCUGAACAACCUCAAACUCACCAGGCUCGCCCUUGACUGGGUGAGCUUUAUUUGCGACGAUUGUGUGGCAUCUGAUCGGAAGACUUUCCGAUGGGCUGUAGUGGCGCUUGAGUUUGCUAUGAUGAUGACACGAGGCCAGAAUAUCCUGUCGCUGAACGAAGAGGAGUAUGCUCGACUGCGUGCGAAGGUGGCCGGGUGCAUGUCUCUCCUAAUCUCUCAUUUCGACAUCAUGGGAGCGAGAUCGACCAUGGCCGCCCAGGCCGAGAAGCAGCGUAUCGAUGCGAUGUUGGGCAAGAAGCAACUAGACAUCAGUCGCUUGAAGAACGAUGAGGAAUCAGCAGAGCUUGUCCGGGAAGGAUGGCUCGAGCAGCUGGCGGAGAUUGAUGAGAUAAGAAAGGCCAAGGAGGCAGAACGGCAGGCCCUCGGCCGUGUUCUGGAGGACUCGAACGAGGCUGACCGCGCCCUUACCUACCUUUCAUCCUCGGCAACCAACGUCACUCUCAGAUGGCAGCAAGGCCAGUUCAUCGGCGGCGGUACCUUUGGAUCGGUCUACGCCGCGAUCAAUCUCGACUCCAACCACCUCAUGGCUGUCAAGGAGAUUCGACUUCAAGAUCCCCAGCUCAUCCCGACGAUAGUAUCCCAGAUCCGCGACGAGAUGGGUGUCUUGCAGAUGCUUGAUCAUCCGAACAUCGUUUCUUACUACGGUAUCGAGCCACAUCGCGACAAGGUCUACAUCUUCAUGGAAUAUUGUUCUGGGGGCUCGCUCGCCGGUCUCUUGGAGCAUGGCCGUAUCGAAGAUGAGACGGUUAUCAUGGUCUAUGCUUUGCAGAUGUUGGAGGGUCUUGCCUAUCUUCAUGAAAGUAGCGUUGUGCAUCGCGACAUAAAGCCAGAGAAUAUUCUCCUCGAUCAUAACGGCGUCAUCAAAUUCGUCGAUUUCGGAGCCGCCAAGGUCAUCGCCAAGCAGGGCAAGACGUUGGCUGCAGAGCACGCGGCGACACGUCAAGGCAGGCAGAAGUCGAUGACGGGCACGCCUAUGUACAUGUCACCCGAAGUCAUCAAGGGUGAGAACAAGGGCCGUCUGGGGGCUGUCGAUAUCUGGUCUCUCGGAUGCGUCAUUCUGGAGAUGGCCACUGGACGACGACCAUGGGCCAGCCUGGACAACGAAUGGGCAAUCAUGUAUAACAUUGCCCAAGGCAACCCGCCUCAGCUCCCAACGAGAGAUCAGCUGAGCGACCAAGGAAUCGACUUCCUCCGGGCGUGCUUCGAACGUGACCCCGGGAGAAGGGCCACGGCGGCGGAGCUGCUGCAGCAUCCGUGGAUCAUGAUCUUGCGGAGCCAGCUCUCUCUGGAGCCGCAGACACCGCAAACACCGCUCAGCGAGACGUCAUCGGGAUCCGGGAGCCUGCAUGCGUCACGCCAGAACACCAUGUCAUAG